AUGGCGCUCCGCCGGACCCUCGCCGCGGCCGCGACCGUCUGGUCGAACCCGCGCGCAUCGCGCGCGGUCUUCGCGCGCGGGCUCGCGGGAAGCGUCGAGAAGUUCAAGGAAGGUCCCCCGGUCCAGAGCAAGCGCCCGGCGUACGUCGACGGCGUGGACACCCCGCACACGGCCAAGUGGAUGGAGGACGAAACCAAGCGGCCGCCGUCGGAGAUGAUCGCGGAGGUGCCCCCCAUUCCCAUCCACGCGGACCGCGUCUCGUGCGCCACCAAGGGCGCGUGUCACGAUCUGUACGGCGAACGGAUGGGCCUCGGCGCGCCGAACACGUACUACCAGCUCAACAGCACGACGCCGGAGAACCCGGUGAAGUGCAAGUACUGCGGACUGCGGUUCUACGGCGUGCACUGA